UCAGUAUGUCAAGUGUGUAAAAGGGGAAGGAUGGCAACCCUGGUCAUUCUGACAGCUAGUCAAAAUUGAAGAGAAGAACGACACACAUGUGAUUUAGAAGAAGAAGAUGUGCAGAAGAUCGGAUAUCUUUAUAACUACAGUUUAUUAGUGUUCAAUCAGCGUUUAGAGUAAUUUAAGCAAUUUAACUCUACCAUGCAUAAGUGAACACAGCAUAAAAUAACACGUUCGUGUCAUUCAAAUGUUAUUGUGCCCUCAAGAGCAGGAACAAUGCGUUGCCAGCUGAUGAUCUGUGCGGUUCUCGGAUUAUUCCUAACAUUCCACAUCAAAAUUAACGAUGCCGUCGUCUUCAAGUUUACAAACUACGUCUGCGAGAGUUAUAACCAAUCUUGGUAUGUGUUCCACAACUAUCGUCUGAAAGCAGUCAGUCGAAACAAAGUGCUCCUCAAUAUGAAUGGUACGAUACUACAUCCGGUCAACAAUGCAUCAGUUCAUGUCAGAAUUUUCAAAAGGGCCAAUGGCUAUAAGCCUUGGGUCGUCGAUAAUUACUUUGAUGUCUGUCAGUAUUUGAGAAAGCGGAAUCAUCCUAUUGCUAAUAUAAUCUAUGGGCUCUUCAAAGAUUUUAGUAACUUAAACCACUCAUGCCCCUACGUGGACUUUUAUCUAAGACCUGAGCUACUGCGUCUUCCCUUUCCAACAGGGGAUUAUUUGUUGGCGCUUCAGUGGUACUUCGAUAAGAAACCACUGGCUGAUACGAACGUUAGUUUUACAUUUGUGGAGGAUUUAAUGAAGAGAAAUUAGUGGGAAUCAACUAAAUACAGAUUCAGUAGAAUCCUGAAGAUCCAUGAAAACAACAGUAGAAAAUGUAUUGUACCGAUUUAUCAAAUAUAUGUAUGGGCUAAUCCGUGAUGUUUGACUGAACGCUGUAUGAAACGAAAGGGAAAUAGCAACCAAUAGUCUAGUUUCGGUAAAAUA